CUCUUUGACUUUGUUUAGGUUCGGGACUGGAUUUGUUUUGCAAGGUGCUCACUGAAUGUAAAAUGGCAGAUUCUACUGUGGUCAUGUGGCUGGUCAAUGGCCAAUCAGUGGAGUCAUCAUACCUCAAUGAGUGGGCUCUACAGGGAGGGAGGAGGGUAUCGAAGGUGUCUGGAGGCUGCCAGAUUGAACUGAGGCUAGUUGUUGUAGAGAUGACAGAAGAAAAUGUGAAGACAGAGCUGAAGUGUAUCACUCAGAACCAAGGAGGAAGACAGGAAGUUGUGGCACAGUUUCAACUAGAGGACUCCAAAUUUACAUGGCUGGUGGUAGCUGCAGUGGCCAUAUCUUGCUUCCUGACAGUGGUUUCCAUCUUCCUCUACAUUCUCUUCAAACCUAAAAGGAAAAAGAAAAUGGAUUACAUUCUGGCUCGACAGAACAGCACCUUCUAGCUUUCCUUAAUGUGUGUUUGCUGUAACAUCAAAUCAGUCUUUAAUGUACUGCAAGCAUGUGAUGUUGUGCAGUGGCACCACCA